CUUGGACAUUAGCCUAAAAAGUCCCGUGGUUUUUUCCCUUUCGGGUUUCCACGUAAAAACUGAGUUGUUCAUACACAUUUAUACAUAUAUUUACUAUAUCGUGUUGGAUUAAACUCAACACUGGCGCCGUCUGUGGGAAUCUGUCCAAAAAGAUUCAUGUGUUCUACACAAAAAUUCAUAGAAGUGGACUGAUUUCACCAAAAAAGAAGAAAAAAUUCUAAAGAAAAGAGUCUGGGGAGUCAAAGUCUGGAUUUCUCCAGAUCUGGGUUUGGGGUCACCGGAGCCGUAGUUACCCUUCCCGCCGCGGUGGAUCCUCCGGUGAGUCAGUUUGCACCAGACAGAGACCGAUAGCAGCAUCCCAGGUCUCAAGAUCUCGAUCCUAGGAGAACUCCAUAGCAGCAGCACCGUCAUCUGUCGCCGGCAGCGAGCUGAUGGACACCCCUCCGUCUGGCCAGUCGUUGCUCGGGUCCCAACUUCUCCGUCGACGAGGCUAGGAAGGAACUCCGGCAGAAAGUUCCCUGAUUUCCGCCAUUAAUGGCAGCUUCAAGUUCGGAGAGGUACGCUCUGUGGUCCAGCCAAACCUCCACCAGAGAUUAGCGCCCUUGGCCACCCGUGCUCCGCUGCAGGAGCCAUCUUCGCAGACUGCCGUCAUCAGGCUGUAUGUUCUGCUUGGUUGGGGUCAACGAGCCUGCAAGUGGGUUCUUCAUCCAACUGUUCCAAAAGAUGCUCCGUAUAAGUUGCUAUGAUCCUAAACUGACCACGUCCUGCAAGUUGAGGCCAGAUAAUGGAGAGCCAUUUUCCUUGGAGAGAUUUUGACCAAGUCAAAAUUGAGGGAGGGGUUUUUAUCUCAAUGCGCUAGAAUCUAUCUGGCCGAACAUACACCCCAUAAAGCUAAGUACUCAUACUCUGAGUUGGUGCGUUUAAUUAUCAAUGAUGAUAUAGAAUAAUAUUCUUGCUAUUAGUUAAUUUAAUUUUAUCACCAUUAUUUAUUAGGGAUUAAAACCUCCCGAAAUUAAAUACUGUCGAGCGACGCUCUAGUGAUAAUUAGCUUCACCGUCAUUAAAUUAAAUGACUGGUUAUUGUGGGCCCGUCGGCCCGCUCCUGAUCAACUCUAAUUAGCAAACGGAGUAUACUUGAAUGGCCUUUGAUAGGAAAGUAUCAUUGCUAUUACCGGUUAUAUCACUAGCUAUUAUUUAUUAGGGAUAAAAUAUCCCGAGUUAAAUAAUGUGGAGCGAAGCUCUAGUGAUAGUUAGUUCGGCCAAUAUUUUAUCGAAUAUUUAAUUUCUUGUGGGCCCGUUGGUCCAUUCUCGAUCAGCUUGAUUAAGCGAUCUGAGCGUCUCCAAAAGGGCGAUGCCCCGACGACGCAUUUUAGUUGGGGGGUUACGUAUUAGUCCGCACGACACCGAGUGCGCGAGCGACGAUCGUACCCCAAUAUCAUCUAUGCCAUUAGGCGCGAAGUGACUAUCGCCAGACGCGGCCUGUGGGGCCCCGAGGGCACCAAAGCGCUCGGCCUCGUGUUUCCGAGGGCGGUGCGACCAACUUGGGUCCGAGUUUGAAAAUUCACAGACCAAUGAGUAUUUCUAUGUGACGCUCGGCGGGCUGCUAAUUAGCCCCGCCGCGAGCUGCUACAUCCAUUAACCCCGCACGAUGAGCCGGGCCGAGGGUCACCAUAACCCAUAGGCCGGUAAUCGUGGUUAUUAGAGAGAAAGCCAUGCAGAUGAUUGCGUGUGUAUACAUAUUGUCGGGCCGUGCGGCCCGUUACCAUGCUUAUUGCGCAGCUGAAGCCGCUCGACGCGCUCGAGUGAAAUGAUUAGAAGACGCUCGGCCCGAGUCUUGAAUACGUGCAGGGCCGGCUAAAGAGGAGAGCAUCACGGCUGAGGACCGUGAGACGAGCAUCUCCACCUAGGGGCCGAGGGCCUAGAGGAGACCACCACGGUUGAGAACCGUGGAACGAGCAUCUCCACCCCAGAGACCGAUGGCCUAGGAAGAACACCUAGAGGCCGAGGAUCUAGAGGCGAAUGCCAUGACAGAGAAUCGUGAGACGAUCAUCCAUCACCCAGAGGCCGAGGGCCAAGAGGAAACCAUCACGGCUGAGAGCCGUGAUACGAGCAUCUCCACACCAGGAGCCGGUGGCCUAGAGGAGACCACUACGGCCGAGGGUCGUGGGACCAUCCUUACAUCACGACCGACCUCGCGGUACGGCGUAUUUAUCACCUGAAGACCGGUAUCAUCCCCGCACUGCGCGGAUGAGAGCCGUUGCACGGAUACACUUGAUCGGCCUCUCAUUGCCGACAUCAUUAUACCACGACCGGCCUCUCGGCUCGGCGUGCCUAUCUUUUGAAGACCGGCCUCGUCCCCGCCCUCGCGAACGAGGACCGUUGCUUGAUUUUUGGGAUCGGCCUCUCAUUGCCGACACUGUCACAUCAUGUUCGGCCGCUCAUUGCCGACACCAUUAUACCACGACCGGCCUCUCGGCUCGGCGUGCUUAUCUUUUGAAGAACGGCCUCGUCCCCGCCCUCGCGGACGAGGACCGUUGCUUGAUUUUCUCAGAUUGGCCUGUCAUUGCCGAUGUCAUUAUAUAUCACGACCGGCCUCUCGGCCCGACAUGAUUAUCAUAUUUGAAGACCGGCCUCGUCCCCGCCCUCGCGGACGAGGGCCGUUGCUUGUUUUCUCAGAUUGGCCUGUCAUUGCCGAUGUCAUUAUAUAUCACGACCGGCCUCUCGGCCCGACGUGAUUAUCAUAUUUGAAGACCGGCCUCGUCCCCGCCCUCGCGGACGAGGGCCGUUGCUUGAUUCUUUCAGGUCGGCCUCUCAUUGCCGACACUGUCAUAUCAUGUUCGGCCCCCGACCCGGCGUGAUUAUCAUCUUUGAAGACCGGCCUCGUCCCCGCCCUCGCGGACGAGGACCGUUGCUUGAUUUUCUCAGAUCGCCCCCCAGGCCGACACUGUUACAUGGCCACCGACCCCCUGGUACGGCGCCAUUAUCAUAUUUGAAGGCCGACCUCGUCCCCGCUCCUCGCGGAUGAGGACCAUUGCUUGAUUCUUUCAUAUCGGCCUCUCAUUGCCGACAUCAUCAUACCACGACCGGCCUCUCGGCUCGGCGUGCUUAUCUUUUGAGGACCGGCCUCGUCCCCGCCACCUCGCGGACGAGGACCGUUGUUUGAUUCUUUCAGGUCGGCCUCUCACUGCCGACACUAUCAUGUUAUGGUCGGCCUCUCGGCACGACAUAUUUAUCUUUUGAAGACCGGUUCCAUCCCCGCGAUGCGUUGGAUGAGAGCCGUUGCACGAAUAUAUCGGCCUGACCGGACACUAUUGCCAUCUCCAUUAUCAGGACCGACUGCUCAGCGACAUUAUGAUCAUUGUAUAUCGGCUCCCAAUGCCGACCUUCUUGAGUUAGCGAUCGGGCUCACCCCUCCCUUCAGGAGGGUGACCAUCGCCUUCGCAUGACGACCAGCGUCUCCAUCGCCUCGUCAUUAUAUUCGUUCGCUAUGCCACCACCAUUAUGUGUGACAUCCCGUGAUCCCUACGAGUUUCUUGGAUACCGAAUGUCUUCUUCGAAGCAAGAGCGCCGGUAGGACCAAGAACCAAGGACGAACGAAGAAUAUAGAUUGCCUCCCUCAAACAAAAAAAAAACAAAAAAAAAGAUGGGGAGAAGAGGAGGGUAGCUCCUAUGUGGAAGGGAAUCUUGCCCGGGCGUGCCAGAUCUUCUCCCACCACCGAAGACGAACGCCUCUCGAUGUAGAGGUUAGUAGAGACGCGGAGGGGGCUAGACGAACCAAGGGAGCUUUGCCAAGAUAAACCUGUUUAUCCCACAAUGACCAUGGAUCGAUGGACGUGGGAUAACAAAGUCGGGAACCCGUGAGGGUAAACCUGUUCGUCCCUGCGAGUUCCUUGGGUACCGAACGUCUUCUUCGAAGCAAGAGACGCCGGUAAGACUAAAAGGACCACGGACGAACGAAAAAGGGGGAAUCUCGAUGUAGAUAUACCUGUUCCUCAUUGCGAUGUCCGCGGAUACCGAACGUCUCUUCGAUGUAAGAACGCCGGUAGGACCAAGGACCAAUGACGAACGAAGAUUAAAAGACUCCAAAAAAAAAACAGAGAAAAAGAUGCCAGAAGAGCACGGAGCAAAGAAUGAUUUUAUCCCUCGGCGCUAUUGGCCGGGAAGUACAAACUGAAAAACAUAUGUAAAGAAUAAUUACAAAACUUAAGUACGAAGAAUGAAGUGGCCGACGACGAUCGGCUAACAUCAUGCUUUCUUUUGCCUUGGACGACGAAUACCAGCUCCCUAGAUCAGACGGGGGGACAUCGCCCAGAUUUAUUUCAGGCUCACCAUUCCUUCUUGGUAGACGAUCGGCUUCUCACAGCCAAUCAGGAUAGAGACUUGACACAUCACCAGCAUGGUCGAGGGCCGCGAGACGAUUACCACACACGAUUAUCACUAUUUUUAUGCAUCACGAUCGGCCUCUCAGUGCCAUCGUGUCUCUUUCACGUUCAGAUCGCUUCAUUCCCUCCAGGAUGGCGACGAACGUCUUAUGCAGUGCGAUCGGCCCCUCAGCGCCAUCGUACCUGGCUUCACGUUCGGAUCGCCCAUUUCCCUCCAGGAUGGCGACGACCGUCUUAUGCAGUACGAUCGGCCCCUCAGCGCCAUCGUACCCAGCUCACGUUCGGCUCGUCCAUCCCUUCCAGGGUGGCGACGAACGUCUUAUGCAUCACGAUCGGCCCCUCAGCGCCAUCGUGUCCAGACUCACGGUUCGGCUCGCCCAUUUCCCUCCAGGAUGGCGACGACCGUCUUAUGCAGUACGAUCGGCCCCUCAGCGCCAUCGUACCCAGCUCACGUUCGGCUCGUCCAUCCCUUCCAGGGUGGCGACGAACGUCUUAUGCAUCACGAUCGGCCCCUCAGCGCCAUCGUGUCCAGAUUCACGGUUCGCCUCGCCCAUUCCCUCCAGGAUGGCGACGACCGUCUUAUGCAGUACGAUCGGCCCUUCAGCGCCAUCGUACCCAGCUCACGUUCAGCUCGUCCAUUCCCUUUCAGGGUGGCGACGACCGUCUUAUGCAGUACGAUCGGCCCCUCAGCGCCAUCGUACCCAGCUCACGUUCGGCUCGUCCAUCCCUUUCAGGGUGGCGACGAACGUCUUAUGCAUCACGAUCGGCUUCUCAGCGCCAUCGUGUCUCUUUCACGUUCGGAUCGCCCCAUUCCCUCCAGGAUGGCGACGAACGUCUUAUGCAGUACGAUCGGCCCCUCAGCGCCAUCGUACCCAGCUCACGUUCGGCUCGUCCAUCCCUUUCAGGGUGGCGACGAACGUCUUAUGCAUCACGAUCGGCUUCUCAGCGCCAUCGUGUCUCUUUCACGUUCGGAUCGCCCCAUUCCCUCCAGGAUGGCGACGAACGUCUUAUGCAGUACGAUCGGCCCCUCAGCGCCAUCGUACCUGGCUUCACGGUUCGGCUCGCUCAUUCCCUCCAGAAUGGCGACGACCGUCUUAUGCGGCAUGAUCGGCUUCUCAGCGCCAUCGUGUCUCUUUCACGUUCGGCUCGGCCAUUCCUUUCAGGAUGGCGACGAACGUCUCUUAUGCAGCACGAUCAGCGCCCCAGCGCCAUCGUGUCUGGCUCACGUUAGGGUCGCCCAUCCCUUUCAGGAUGGCGACGAACGUCUCUUAUGCAGCACGAUCAGCGCCCCAGCGCCAUCGUGUCUGGCUCACGUUAGGGUCGCCCAUCCCUUUCAGGAUGGCGACGAACGUCUCUUAUGCAGCACGAUCAGCGCCCCAGCGCCAUCGUGUCUGGCUCACGUUAGGGUCGCCCAUCCCUUUCAGGAUGGCGACGAACGUCUCUUAUGCAGCACGAUCAGCGCCCCAGCGCCAUCGUGUCUGGCUCACGUUAGGGUCGCCCAUGCCUUUCAGGAUGGCGACGAACGUCUCUUAUGCAGCACGAUCAGCGCUUCAGCGCCAUCGUGUCUGGCUCACGUUAGGGUCGCCCAUCCCUUUCAGGAUGGCGACGAACGUCUCUUAUGCAGCACGAUCAGCGCCCCAGUGCCAUCGUGUCUGGCUCACGUUAGGGUCGCCCAUCCCUUUCAGGAUGGCGACGAACGUCUCUUAUGCAGCACGUCUGCCUCUCGGCGCUGACAUGCCCGGUUUAUCGAUGAGAGCCACCGCUUUCUAUCACAUCUUGCAUUCCCUCUCUCAUACAUUGCACCCAUACAUUACAUGCAUUCAUGCAUCAUACCUCAUACAUUCAUACAUACACAUGUGCAUCAUGUUUUGACAGUACCGCGACGUCGGUUUAUAGAUGCAUGGACCUCUAAGCUUCUCCGUUGGAAAGCUCGAGUCAGAGUCCUUUACUCUCUCCUGAUGCAUUCAGGGGGAGCGUGCCCGUGGAGGAGCACCCUUCACCCGACCCCGUCGGGAACGGGGGUGCCUCACCGGCAGCUUACGUUCAGGAGUGUGGACAUCCACUCAUAUAUUAUGAUUAUUCGAAGACACAGGUUCCAGCUAGACCGAGGUAAAGCGCAGGCAAGAGUAUAUUUUCUCGAGCAGAUUCGCACGCUCACUACUCAAGAAACUGGGGGACUUGUGUUGGGAUAUAUUAUCCCGGCCUAUUACUGUUCAGGAGCCCAAGACUUUACGUAGUACGGAGCCCAAUCAGUAAGGCCCAUUUUAGCCUAUCAGGCCUGUUACGGCCUUUGGGCCCAGUUUGGCCCAUUCGGCCCGUUAGGGUGGAGAGCCCCCUUUCCCCCUAUUCCCUAUAAAUAGGAGGUUUCCCUCCAUAUAAAAGGAUCCCUUCUUCUUCUCCCUCCUUCUUAGUUAGCUUACAAGACUCCAUUAAUGGGAGCUCAAAAUGUACUAUGUAAUGGUGAGGAGAGUCCUAAUGAGAAUUGAGAGGGCUUGGACAUUAGCCUAAAAAGUCCCGUGGUUUUCUCCCUUUCGGGUUUCCACGUAAAAACUGAGUUGUUCAUACACA